GAUCUGUCGUUGCUCUAUAAAGCCAACAGCGUGCCGUUUUGCUGUUGUUUAUUUCCGCCCAGGGGAAGUUUGGGGAGUGAGACACACAGUUCGAAGAGAAAAUCUGCCAGCACACAAAACACAGAAUGUGGCGGCUGGCUUUCCUGUGCGUGAUCUCAGCCCUUUCAGUUAGCUGGGCUCGACCUCGCGUCGCUCCCCUCUCCCAAGAGAUGGUCAACUUCAUUAAUAAAGCAAACACUACUUGGAAGGCUGGACACAAUUUCCGUGAUGUGGACUAUAGCUAUGUGAAGAGUCUGUGUGGGACUUUUCUGAAAGGACCCAAACUCCCUGUCAUGGUGCAGUAUGCUGAUAAUAUCAAGCUCCCCGCCAGCUUUGAUCCCAGAGAUCAGUGGCCCAACUGCCCCACUCUUAAAGAGAUCAGAGACCAGGGUUCUUGCGGUUCAUGCUGGGCAUUUGGGGCUGCUGAAGCCAUAUCUGACAGAAUAUGCAUCCACAGCAAUGCCAAAGUGAGUGUGGAGAUCUCCGCUCAGGACCUGCUUACCUGCUGUGACAGCUGUGGCUUCGGAUGUAAUGGUGGAUACCCUUCUGCUGCUUGGUCUUUCUGGAACUCAGACGGUCUGGUCAGCGGUGGACUCUAUAACUCCCAUGUUGGCUGCCGUCCAUACACCAUUGAACCCUGUGAACAUCAUGUGAAUGGCAGUCGCCCCCCUUGUACUGGAGAGGGUGGAGACACUCCUAACUGUGAUAUGGCCUGUGAACCUGGCUACAGCCCCUCUUACAAGCAGGACAAACACUUUGGAAAGACAUCUUAUGGUGUCCCAUCUAAUCAGCAGGACAUUAUGAAAGAGCUCUUUAAGAAUGGCCCAGUAGAGGGAGCUUUCACUGUCUAUGAGGACUUCCUGCAGUACAAAUCUGGUGUAUAUCAGCACGUGGGUGGAUCUGCAGUAGGUGGUCAUGCUAUUAAGAUCCUGGGCUGGGGAGAGGAGAAUGGUGUCCCCUACUGGCUUGCUGCUAACUCCUGGAACACUGACUGGGGUGAUAAUGGAUAUUUCAAGAUUCUCCGAGGUGAGGACCACUGUGGCAUUGAAUCUGAAAUUGUAGCUGGAAUCCCACAGUAAUUGCCAAAAAACUACAAGAGGAGAGCUGAAAUGAGUACCCUGUUCAAAAUGUAGACAUUGAAUGUCUUCAACUUUAAGCUGACAGCAUCCUCUAUGGCCACGAUGCAUCAAGUAUUGUUAAUGUUUUAUACAAGUCGUUUUAGACAAGGAUUCUCAAUCGGGUACAUUUUAGUUUUUUUAGAACUGGAGUAACAUUUUUAUGCACCGCAAAAAAUGUGUAACCGUAGUCCAGGCCAUUGGAGUCAGUUUUAGACCACUGUCUAUAAAAUUUCAUCACCACUUGAUGCCUCGGCUGUAAUUUUCCAGUUUGUUUUUCUUUUUUUAGAAAACAAUUUGCUUAUUUAGGUUAAAUGGUUUUUACUUGAUUUGUUUUGAGUUUUAAUGCACUGUCUAAAAUGUAAUAAAUAUUAAGACCCAAGUA